AUGUUCAAUAUAAAUGAUAUAAAUCAUCAACAAUACACGGCAGCUGGAGCGAACAAUAAGUCUUUGUCAGCAUUAAUAUGGAAGUUUACUUACUGGUUCAUGGUCGGCUUAACAAUGUCAAUAAUUGAAACUGCAACCUACAUUUACCACUUAUUCAUCCCUCGAACACCAGCCGAUGUGUCAAAGCAAUUAGCACUUGUAACAGGUGGCGGAAACGGAAUGGGACGAGCAUUUUGCUUUAGAUUAGCUAAAGAGAAAUGUGACAUUGCUGUUGUUGAUAUUGAUUAUCAGUCUGCUCUUAGGACGGCUUCAGAUAUUCAAGAAGAAUAUAAAGUUAAAUGUCGAGCAUUUCAAUGUGACAUUUCAGAUUAUGCAGCAGUCCUUGAGCUAAAGAAUAAAGUCGAAUUGGAAAUGCGACCUAUUGAUAUUCUCGUGAAUAAUGCUGGUCUGCUUUAUAUGUCUGAUUUCUUAACAAGUGAUAUGAAAGAUAUCAAGAGAGUUGUGGACGUUAAUGUUACAUCUCAAAUUAUGGUUGUUCACACAUUCUUACCAGGGAUGCAUGAACGAAAACGUGGAAGAAUAUUAACAGUCGCAUCAAUUACUGUUAUCAAUCCAAUGCCAGCAGCCGUCGUGUAUACAGGAACGAAAUUCGCAGUUGAAGGUUUCAUGUCAUGCCUGUUCGAUGAACUUGCAGUAAACAACAAUGAUGAAUACAUCAAGCUCACAACAUUAUAUCCAGACUUUACUCACACCAGAAAGGAACUUUCGGACACUCUUGAUCAUAUUAAGUAUGAUUUCCCACGAUUAACACCAGAACGAGUUGCUGAUGAAGCUAUUCAUGGAAUGUUGACAGGAGAAAGAAGAGUUGUUGUUAGUGAUAUUAAAAUUGCGCAUUACUUCUUAAGGUUAUAUCCAGAUCGUGCACGCAAAUAUUUAAUGAAAUCAAUGACUGAAAUAGGUCAGCUACUUAAAAAAUAA